UCUUGGUGAUGAGGGCUCUCGCGAACUUGUAGACUUUCUUCACGAUUUUACAGGAGUUUUAUCUGUUUUGCUCAGCAUAGAUACAAUGUAAUGAUGUCUUUGCACGGAAGGAAACUACAGACAAAGUCAAUUAGUAAAAAGAAAGAAACUAAAACCAAAGAAGAAACCGCUGAAAAAGUCAAAGCAAUUCGUGAAAAACAAAGUCUAUGGAUGAAAGAAAGAGAAGAGACUAAGUCAUCAUCCACGAAAUUGAAGUCUUUGAGCAAAGAUAUUACUGCACUUCCGGAUGUCCCAAAGUUUCGAACCCGUUCGAGUUUGUCUAGCGGUUCAUCGUCUGAAAAUGCUGGCAAUAGAAAUCCAUACAGUAAUCCACGAAGGAAACCUAUGUAUCCAGAGCCACAGAGAGAUCAUUCAGAUGUAGUGUCAUGGAUAUCAAAGGGUGAUAACCCUGUUGCUAGGAAACAGAGACCUCCUUCUGCCUCAGGUAGUUACAAAAGAAGCCCAAGCUUGAAUCACACGGGAGACAACAGUGACCAUCAAAUGAAGUAUGCUCCAUCGAAUUAUGCGAACUCGAACUCUUCUAGAUCUUUAAAUAGCUCAGCUCUCACUGCUAGUCAGCAGACUCUCCAUAAUAGACAAAGGCCAUUGUCACGAACAUCUGUUAAGUCUGAGUCAAAUUUUCAAGAUGGUGGUCAAGUUGAUAGGGUCAUACGCAGUGAUGAUUCAACAGAUAGGGACAGAAAAAUUUAUGGAGAUACAGUCAGUUAUUCCUUCAGCAACACUGCAGUUAACACUCAAAGCAAGGAUACUCUUGUAAGUGCUACUUCUGAGAAACACGACACUCCAGAGCUAUCUGCUGAUAUGCUCAAUGCACUAGCAGAUACUGUUACGGAAAGGUUAAAAGCAUCUUUGCAACCCAGUGUCAAUCAUAAACAUCAGCAACAGAAUACCCAGGUAAAUAACGAAUCAGGCAUUGCCAGCCACUCUUGUCCACUUUGUGAAAAACUAAUGACUGGUCCAAGACAUACACCCAUGGCCGCAAUACCAUGUGGACACACUUAUUGCCAGGCUUGUUUACGUGACUGUAAAAAAUGUCCGACAUGUCAGACUGUUGUUAAGUCCACUGCAGUGAAUACUGUAAUGCAGCAAAUAAUAUCUGACUUCAAAGUGCAGAAGGAGAAAGAAAGACUUCAGAAGCUUGAAGAGCAAACAAGGCAAUAUGUAGAAGAGUAUCAAUCCCUAGCUCUCAGGUGUAAUGCAUUGAAUGGUGAGGCUGAGAGCAUUCUGCAAACCAUGGAAGAAGUUACUGAACAACUGCUGGAUGAAAAGAAACUCAUAAAGAAACUAGACAUGGAUGAAAAUGAACUGCGACAGAAAAUAAACCGUCUGCAAACUGAAUUGGAUGGUAUUAAAAUUAAGGAGGAAGAUUGUAAGGAAAGAUGCCAAGACUUGGAGCAAAGAUACAAUGAAGAGAAAGAGAGAUUGUCCAUGGUUGAAGACACUGUACAAAGAAUUAAACAGAGUAAAGAAAGGGUUAAAAUGAUGGUGCAUAACUUUGCUCCUGCGUUAAACCUUGAUGCGUAUGAUUAGCAUCUUAGGCACUGUUAAUAUUGCUGUUAUUGUGUUUGCUGUGUUGUGUGUGUCUGUAUGCCAGAGCACUGAUGCUUCCUAAACUUCUACAUGGUUAAUUAGAAAAAUUAACCCUACCAUCAUCAUGCAUAUUCUCCAUACUGUUCUGUAUACAUUUCUUAAGGUGCU